GUCCUCCGUCUGUGCUCAGAGUCAACGCUGCUCAGUGAAAGUGAUGCCUUUCCUCCACUGGCACAAAAUGUGCGCGAGGCGGUUAGCCAGACCAGGAGCUCAGCCCCACACCGAGUCCAGCCCACUGCUCUGAUGCCGAAGGGGAGGCCGAGAGUGGCACACGUGGAUGCCCCCCCGGGCCUGCCCGCCUGCCUCUGGCUGCAGUUAGCCGGGCUCUUCCUCCUGGUUCCCUGGGUCAUGGGCCUGGCGGGGACCGAUGGACCUGGAGCCCAGGGGCUGGGGGGGCUGAGCUGGGCCGUGCACCUGGACAGCCCAGAAGGGGCGGAAGAGGCCCUGGAGCAGCAGGCGGACGCCGUGGCCCGGGCAGCGGGGCUGCUGAACGCCGGACGCGUCGGGGAGCUCCACGGGUACUACGUCUUCGUCCCGCCGGCCGGGCAGCAGCGGGCGGAGGCCGCCCGGCAGCAGGUGGAGGCCGUGCUCGCCGGGCACGAAGCCGUGCGCUGGCACUCCGAGCAGAGGCUGCUCAGGCGGGCCAAGCGCAGCGUCCACUUCAAUGACCCCAAGUACCCGCAGCAGUGGCACCUGAACAACCGGCGGAGCCCCGGCAGGGACAUCAACGUGACGGGCGUGUGGGAACGCAACGUGACGGGGCGCGGGGUCACUGUGGUGGUCGUGGAUGACGGCGUGGAGCACACCAUCCAGGACAUCGCACCCAACUACAGCCCCGAGGGCAGCUACGACCUCAACUCCAACGACCCUGACCCGAUGCCGCACCCCGACGCGGAGAGCGGCAAUCACCACGGCACGAGGUGCGCGGGCGAGAUCGCAGCGGCGCCCAACAACAGCUUCUGUGCGGUGGGCGUGGCGUUCGGCAGCCGCAUAGCAGGUAUCCGCGUACUGGACGGCCCCCUGACAGACAGCAUGGAGGCGGUGGCGUUCAACAAGCACUAUCAGAUCAACGACAUCUACAGCUGCAGCUGGGGACCAGAUGAUGACGGGAAGACGGUGGAUGGUCCCCAUCAGCUCGGAAGGGCCGCCCUGCAGCACGGCGUGAUCGCUGGCCGCCGGGGCUUCGGGAGCAUCUUCGUGGUCGCCAGCGGGAACGGGGGCCAGCACGGCGACAACUGCAACUACGAUGGCUACGCCAACUCUGUCUACACCGUCACCAUAGGUGCCGUGGACGAGGAGGGACGGAUGCCUUUCUACGCCGAGGAGUGUGCCUCCAUGCUGGCCGUCACCUUCAGCGGUGGGGACAAGAUGCUUCGGAGCAUCGUGACCACUGACUGGGACCUUCAGAAGGGCACAGGCUGCACCGAGGGCCACACGGGGACCUCGGCCGCAGCCCCCCUGGCGGCGGGCAUGAUAGCCCUGAUGCUGCAGGUGCGGCCCUGCCUCACCUGGCGUGACGUCCAGCACAUCAUCGUCUUCACGGCCACGCAGUAUGAGGACCGCCGGGCAGACUGGGUCACCAACGAGGCUGGCUUCAGCCACAGCCACCAGCACGGGUUCGGCCUGCUCAACGCGUGGAGACUCGUUAACGCGGCCAAGAUCUGGACCUCGGUCCCUUACUUAGCCUCCUAUGCCAGCCCUGUGCUGAGAGAGGACAAAGCUGUCCCGCGGGCCCCCCACGCGCUGGAGGUGCUGUGGAAUGUCAGCAGGACGGACCUGGAGAUGUCGGGGCUGAAGACCCUGGAGCAUGUGGCCGUGACCGUCUCCAUCAGUCACCCACGACGCGGCAGCCUGGAGCUCACGCUGUUCUGCCCCAGCGGCAUGAUGUCCCUCAUCGGCGCCCCCCGCGGCAUGGACUCAGAUCCCAAUGGCUUCAACGACUGGACCUUCUCCACUGUGCGGUGCUGGGGGGAGAGAGCGAGGGGCACUUACAGACUUGUGGUCAGGGACGUGGGAGACGAGACACCCCAGGCCGGCACCCUCCGGCAGUGGCAGCUGACCCUGUACGGCUCUGCGUGGACUCCGGUGGACAUCAGGGACAGACAGCGGCUGUUAGAAAGCGCCAUGAGUGGAAAAUACCUGCAUGAUGGCUUCACCCUGCCCUGUCCCCCCGGGCUGAAAAUCCCCGAGGAAGACAGUUACACCAUCACCCCCAACACCCUCAAGACUCUGGUGCUGGUGGGCAGUUUUACCAUCUUCUGGACUGUUUACUACAUGCUGGAAAUAUACCUGAGCCAGAGGAAGGUGGCCUCUCGCCGCGUUUGUAGGAGCGGGCCCUGCCACUGGCCCCAACGAAGCCAAAAAGCCAGGGAGGAGGGGACGGAACUAGAAUCAGUGCCACUCUGCAACAGGAAGGAUCCAGAAGGAGGGGAGACGGAGCGUGAGGACCCUGCCACCACGUCUGGUCUCCUUGUCCCGGACCUGCUGUCCCCGGACAGGAGUGCCCCGGAGCACCCUCAUCACCUACCCCCAGACCUGCUGCAGGGGGAGGAAGAGCAGAUCUGCUGACCCGGGGCCCAGCGCUCAGCACGGCCCAGGCUCUUCCUGCCUGAGCCGGGGAAGCCUGUGGAGCCGCCCCAAGUCCCCGGAGCUCCGGGGAGGCGGCGGCCCUGACGCUCACACGGGGAGCCUGUGACGGCCGCAGGGAGAGCGGGGACCUCCUAGGUGCAGUGACAGGAAUGGCGCCGGAGAACAGUGUCCCCCUCCUCCCGAAUGCUGCUGAGAAGGCCUUGGACACGGGCUCGGCCCUCCCGCUUGGCAGGCUGGUGAAGCGGGCACAGGGACCCUCACCCAUGCUCGGGGAGCGGUGCCGCUGGGCCCAGAAGAGCCUCUCGGUAGAAACGUCGCUGGGGUCACUGAGAGAGGGCUCAGGGUGAAGGCUGGGAAGGGCCCCUGCAUCUAUGCCUGUCCCUUCGAUGACCCAGGACCUAGAAACCCCGUCUCCUUCUCUCCCUCCCCCACCGUCCUGCCUACGCCGGGAACCCGGGACACACCGGGUGGCAGGUAGCCCACGGCCCAGCCACACUCGCCCUGAAAGCUGCUGCCUCCAUUCGCGCCCUGACCGGAAGCCAACCUUGAACACACCCCGGCCCCUUCUCCACCGCCCCCCCAAGGACCGGUACGAUGCUCCCGGCACAGCUCCCGGGGCCGCGCCGCCUCGCCGCGGCCGCCUGCAGCAGGACCACGACGGGGCUCGGCCAUGGCCACCCGGCCCUGCCGCCGCCUGUCUUCCUCUGCAAAGUGCUCAGGGAAAUGGCCGUACCCACUGGCCUGGCAGGCGGGGAGCCCUCCCGCCGCCACCGGCCUCCCGCCUCUUGCGAGCUGGUUCGGUUGAUCUAAAUUGUUUUUUACGCUUAAGAUUUGGGUUUGUCUUUCCACAGCAACAUUUGGUUGAAUUUUUCUGCACAGCUUUUCCAAAAUAAAAACGUUCCACACGGCUC